AUGGCUGAAGAGCAUGUAGUUAGUGAGACAUUGGCUGAUGAGCCUCCAAUUAAGGGGGAUGAUGCCAAAGAGGGUGCAGCUGAUAAGACAGAGGCUAAUGAUGUGGAGCCAGUAGCCAAAGCUGAUGAGAAGGUAACCAAAGCGGAUGAGCAUGUGGCUGCAGCUGAUGAGCAAGUGGCUGCAUCUGAUGAGCAGGACGCUUUAUGGCAGUCUCCAUGCGUCUACCUUAGGACGCUUCUUAUAGACGAUGGCCUGGUUGGCCUAAGUCUCCCGGAGGAUGCUGUGGAUGUUUGCCCACCGCUUACGUAA